AUUACUAUAUAUAUAAACUGAACUAUCGUUCUAUUACGCAGUAGAGUGAGGUGUAGUUAAAACAUUAAUAAAAAUAUUAAAUUUUCAGCAUUUGGGUUUCAUUUAAAAUGAUUUAUGGUAUUUUCACGUUUGCGCUUGGCGUUCUACGGACAUUUUUUGAAUUCAUAACUGAAAGGGAAAUCAAACAAAUUAGCUUUGAUAACAGUUCGUUUGAUAACAAAUCUCGUAAAUUUUACGAUGAAUUUUUCCGUAUAAUUUUUGAUUGGAAUCCUUCAUGGAUUUUCGACAACCAGUAUAAAAGUACACCACCAGCUACAAUUGAUUCAAUAAAAAUAAUUCCAGUAACAUUAAAGUAUUCAACCUUAGAACAAUAUCAAGAAAUAAUGUUUCCUAUUUUGAUAAAUGAAUUUUGGCAUUCAUUAAAACAUGACAUUUCAGAAGAUAUCAAGCAUAAAAAAUAUGUCACAGGAUGUGUAACUGAGAUUUCAUAUCGAUGUGUACUAUACAAUAUUCGAUUUCAUUUGACAAUAACAUGUCCAUAUACAGACAAACUUGAUGAUGAGUAUCCAAGUCGUGGUAAUUUGGUUAUUAUUAAAAAUAGGUGUGGAAUAUCUAAUCAACUAGCAUAUGUCGAAGAAUUUGAGAAGAAAGGAGACAGAAAAAAAACAAGACUACAUUAACUUAUGUAUUAAUAACGAAGAAUAAUCUAAAAUUAUCGUUGUAUGAUACAUUGUCAUUAACAACUGUGACGUCAAUUUUAUCUACUGUAGCACUUAUUGAUGUGCUAGACAAUAUUUCCAAAUCGCCGCUGAUGAACGAAAUUUUACAACCAAAAUUUGAAUCAUAUACUUUGUUUAUGGCAAUCAAAAAUAUUUCUACAGUAACUGGAGAUAUUCUUAAUUUGAAACAAUCGGAAAUAAUGUCCAGAGUUGUGAGUACAGUUGAAUACAGAAAAACUCCUUGUAUAGGUUUGAUACAAGGACCUCCAGGCACUGGAAAAUCUACUGUCAUUAAAAAUAUUAUUGCAUCUACAUUGAGUAGAAAAAAAACAGCAAGAAUUUUAGUAUGUGCUCCUUCAAAUAAAGCGGUUGAUGGAAUAGUUAUUAAAUUAUUGGAAAUACAAUCACAGAUGAAAGCACUAGGCAUUCCUUUCGAAAUUGUUCGGAUAGGCUGUAUUGACAGAAUAGAUGAAAAAGUUAAAUGUGUAUCCUUAUCAAAUCUCAAAUCGAUCCGAAAAAAUCCAAACUUAUUUAACAAAAAUAAUAGGAAUGAAAACAUUGAAAAAUCUAUUCUAGAAUCUGCAAAUAUUAUAGCAUGUACUUUAUCGUCAUGUUAUACGAAUUUUCAUAUGAAAUCUGUGUUUAAGUCUGGAGGGUUAUCGUUUUGUAUUGUAGACGAAGCUGCUCAAGCGACGGAAUUACUUACAUUAGUGCCUUUAAUGUUAAAUAUAAAUAAAUUAAUUUUAGUCGGAGAUCCUCAACAGUUACCUCCAACUGUUUUAUCGCAGAAAGCGAAAGAAAAUGGGUACAAUCAAUCGCUUUUUGCCAGAGCUCAAAAAAUAUUUGAAAGCGAAAAUAAUAUUUACUUUGAUAAUCCUGUUGUAAUGUUGGAUACCCAGUAUCGAAUGGUUGAAGCAAUUUCUCAGUGGCCGAAUCGUUAUUUUUACAAAGGAGCAAUAAAAAACGCUGCUUCUGUAAGAUCAUCAAAUUUUCACGAUUACAGAGUUCUUAAUCAUUCAUAUUCACAAUCUUUUCAUGGUGAGUCUAAUGAAAAUGAAGCAGAACUUGUUUUAAAAUUAGUUCGUAUAUUGAAAAAUUAUAAAAUAAUAAACUAUGAAAAAACGAACAAAGAAAUAAGUAUUGGUAUAAUUACACCGUAUCAACAACAGCGCACAUUAUUAAUGAGACAUUUACCAUAUGAAAAUAAUAAAAUUGAGAUAAAUACAGUGGACAGCUUCCAAGGUUCUGAGUGCGACAUCAUUAUUAUGUCAUGUGUUAAAAGUGAAGGUAUUGGAUUUGUUAAAGAUCCAAAUCGAUUGAAUGUGAGUCUAACUCGAGCUAAACAUGUCUUGAUACUUUGUGGAAAUUUCCGUACAUUUAGGCGUAAUGAAAUGUGGCGAGAUUUAUUAAAUGACGCAGAAUCACGUGGUCUUUAUUAUAAUAUUCCAAAAAAUAAUGACGCACAAAUAAUGAAAAAUAUUAUUCUCAAAGGCACAAAGGAUAAUUUUAUCAAAAAUUAUGGAUAUUUCAAUAUACAUGACUAUACAUGGCCAUGUAUGUAAAUUGGCCGGGUAUGACCAUGUAUGACUUGAUAUAUCUAUGUAUAGAAUAGAUAUGACUAUGUAUAUAUAGAUAAAAUAAUAAGAUUUUUCAAAUUAUAAUUCAUUUUUACAAUCUUAUUAUCAGUAUUGUCAAAUGUUAAUUUACAAUUAAUAAUUGUAAUAAUAACAUUUGAAUUAUUAAGAUGUAAAUUAAUUGAUCUAUAUGUUAUGUGGGUCAGUAAAUUGGACCUGAAUUCUUGAUCGGUUUACGCUAUAUAUUAUGGGGGGAUGAAAAUAUAAAAAAAAAAAAAACAAUAAAUUUUUUAAAUUAUUUUACCUGCUUAUGUACUGAAAAUCGACCAUAAUUUUUAUAUUAAUAAAAUUAGUCUAAUCAUUUAA